AUUCUCCACUCAGUGGUUUUCCCAAACAUACCGCAUUUUUGACAAGUGGUCCUGUUUUCCACAAAGGAAGGAAAAUCGCAACAAACGUUUCGGAUUUAAUUGCGAUGGACAAUAGUGAUACCACUAAAAAAAACGCCGAUAACGCGUCUGACAGUAGCAAUAAUGAAGACAUGGACCUGGAUGACUGGACACCGCCAGGAGCUGACCUGGUACAGAAGAUGGUUUCCCAGGUUGAAUUUUAUCUUUCAGACGAGAAUCUAGCCAAAGAUGCCUUCCUUUUAAAACAUGUGAAAAGAAACAGAAUGGGCUACGUGAAUAUCAAAUUACUUACGUCUUUUAAAAAGAUGAAGCAGCUGACCAAGGACUGGAGAGUCACUGCCUAUGCUCUUCAUCACUCUUUGAAGUUGGAGUUGAAUAAGGAAGGGACCAAAGUGCGUCGAAAAGCCCCAAUACCAGAGUCGCUCCUAGUCCAAGCUCCCAGCCGGCUUUUGUUGGUGUGGAACAUUCCAGAAACAUCCCACAGAGGGGAUGUGACCCAGCCUCCAAGGAGCAGCAUGGAGGUGGCCAUCGCCAUCCUGAGCCCUUUUGGAACCAUCAGCACCAUCCGGCUCGUCCGGCCCGGUAAGGAGCUUCCGCCGGAAAUCCGGAAGUACGCCCACAGGUAUCCUGAGCUGGGUUGCCUGGACUGUGUGCUGGUGGAGUACGAGGACCUGGGAGGGGCGGGUCGAGCCUACCGCGAGCUCUCACGGAGGGGCGGAGCAAUCAGGGUACUGCUGGUGAGGAGGAGCACCGGGAAAAUGUCCGCACAAGGCAUGGAUCACACGGAGGACAGGUGUGACGGGACGAGUGUGGGUGUCCUGAUCCAGAGGAUGGCGGUUCUCCAGCACGGAGCGGAAGAGGAGUCGGACUCCUCGAUGCUCCCAUCCUGCUCCUCCCCAAACCCCCUAGGGGUGUCACCCAAGUCCAGUCUCCGCUGCCCCAGGCUUCCCUGUGCACCUCUGCCCGGCCCCCUCCCGCUGGCCACUCUGGUGGCAGACUCCAGCCCCAAAUUUGGCUGUCCAGGCCAAGGCGACUUUCCACAGCUGGAAGCAGCCGCCGGCAGCCUCCGAAUGCAGAGUUAUAAGCUGCCCAGCCCUCAGGCACCGUCCCUGGAAGAAACUCUCAAACUGAGCCACCUGGGGCAAAAGAAGACCCAGGCUGCGGACCCUGUGUCCCUGGGGGUCAUCCACCACCCACUGGAAGCAGAUGAAAUCACUGGGUUUCACAGCACUGCCGGAAGAGGAAGGUUUCCAAGCAACUUUUGA